AUGAGACUCGGGCUGUGGUCAGGUGUCCUGAAGUCCUGUAUACGUGGAGCAACUGUAACCCAAACUCGCUCUAACUACAAGUAUGUCACACAAGAGGAUCCAAGCAUGGAAUGGAAAGAUAUCACUGACCGUGCAGCUGCAACAAUCUUCUGGACUGAGCUUUGGAGAGGUGCUGCUGUAACACUAGGUCACAUCUUCAAGGAACCAGCAACAAUUAACUACCCAUUUGAGAAAGGACCCCUUAGUCCACGAUUCCGUGGAGAACAUGCUUUGCGACGUUAUCCAUCUGGAGAGGAACGCUGCAUUGCUUGCAAAUUGUGUGAGGCCAUUUGCCCAGCUCAGGCCAUCACCAUUGAAGCAGAGGAGCGUGCGGAUGGUGCCAGGCGCACUACUCGGUAUGACAUUGACAUGACAAAAUGCAUUUAUUGCGGAUUUUGCCAGGAGGCAUGCCCUGUGGAUGCCAUUGUUGAG